AUGUGGUUGGCAGCAGACUUCCGAAAGCGUGUGCAACAAGGUGGAACUUUCAGUCGCUCAGUGAACACUGUAUAUGAGCACAGGGAUGACCUUCUUAAGUGUUUUAAGACCAUUCAGGACUCUGGGAACUUUGAUGCUGUGACUGUGAGAGAAGCAGGAGGGUUUGUGAGGAUGCUGGAGGAUGGCACAAAGCAUCUCCUCUACUCCUCCAAUCACAGUAGCAUCUCCUCUGCUCCUCCAAUCACAGUAGCAUCUCCUCUGCUCCUCCCAUCACAGCAGCAUCUCCUCUGCUCCUCCAAUCACAGUAGCAUCUCCUCUGCUCCUCCAAUCACAGCAGCAUCUCCUCUGCUCCUCCAGAGGCACAGCAGCAUCUCCUCUGCUCCUCCAGAGACACAGCAGCAUCUCCCCUGCUCCUCCAAGUACAGCAGCAUCUACUCUGCUCCUCCAGAGACACAGCAGCAUCUCCUCUGCUCCUCCAGAGACACAGCAGCAUCUCCUCUGCUCCUCCAGAGACACAGCAGCAUCUCCUCUGCUCCUCCAGAGACACAGCAGCAUCUCCUCUGCUCCUCCAGAGACACAGCAGCAUCUCCUCUGCUCCUCCAGAGACACAGCAGCAUCUCCUCUGCUCCUCCAGAGACACAGCAGCAUCUCCUCUGCUCCUCCAGAGACACAGCAGCAUCUCCUCUGCUUCUCCAGAGACACAGCAGCAUCUCCUCUGCUCCUCCAGAGACACAGCAGCAUCUCCUCUGCUCCUCCAAGCACAGCAGCAUCUACUCUGCUCCUCCAGAGACACAGCAGCAUCUCCUCUGCUCCUCCAGAGACACAGCAGCAUCUCCUCUGCUCCUCCAGAGACACAGCAGCAUCUCCCCUGCUCCUCCAAGUACAGCAGCAUCUACUCUGCUCCUCCAGAGACACAGCAGCAUCUCCCCUGCUCCUCCAAGUACAGCAGCAUCUACUCUGCUCCUCCAGAGACACAGCAGCAUCUCCCCUGCUCCUCCAAGUACAGCAGCAUCUACUCUGCUCCUCCAGAGACACAGCAGCAUCUCCUCUGCUCCUCCAGAGGCACAGCAGCAUCUCCUCUGCUCCUCCAGAGACACAGCAGCAUCUCCUCUGCUCCUCCAGAGACACAGCAGCAUCUCCUCUGCUCCUCCAGAGACACAGCAGCAUCUCCUCUGCUCCUCCAGAGACACAGCAGCAUCUCCUCUGCUCCUCCAAGUACAGCAGCAUCUACUCUGCUCCUCCAGAGACACAACAGCAUCUUUGUAUAGCAUUUUUUGA